CUUCUGCGCUGGCUCAAGUGUCAUCCGAUCUUUUUGCAAUCUCGCGAUCCCAUAUGCUUCCACCGCCGCCGAUCUCGUCCAUCCGGCACCAACAGUACCAAACUGCUGCCCCAUGCAACAUGCCCAACCCACUAUCUCGCUGCCGUCCGUCCUUGUCCGUGCGCAUCUUCGUUAUUGCCCAAGCAUAAGAAUUGCCGAAGCUAUAUCUUGAGGCAGACCCGAACUUCAGCUUCCUCUCCCCAAAAGUUCUUGGCCCAACCGAGACAACGUCGCAUCGGUUCCCGUCUCUGCCAUUUGACAGAUACCUCUCGACCCUUUUUUGCUUCAUUCUUUCUAAACCGACAUUCGUUUUUGUGUUCCCUCCCCGGCUACCCUAUCCCACAAGCUAAGGUCAACCAAGAAGCUGUCAAACCACUCCGUCGGGACUUGAAGCUUUCCUAGUGUGUAUGGUUGCAACACUAUGUUGGAGCGUCCAGGGCGAAUAGCAGGACAAAGUUGGAUCGAUUGCUACCAUACAUAGUCGUCAAUCACCAUGAUUGACACCGCCACCACAUUACCACCCAACCCCUCACCAGAUUCUCCACCUCCGCCAUCAUCAUCAUCAUCAUCAUCCUCACCACCACCGCCGCCGCCGCCGCCAGGGGCCCCAGUAGUCGACUUUGCAGGUCUAGCCCAUGACUCUCUUAUGGUCAAUAUCAUUGCCUCGGCUUCGAUAUGUUGGUUCAUCGCAGCCCUUUUUGUGGCCCUCCGAUUUUACACUAGAGGGGUCCUGAUCAAAGUGAUUGGGGGCUCAGACUGGAGUAUACUUGUUGCCUUGAUAUUCGCUGGCGCAACAUGCGGAGGGGUGAUUGAACAAGCAACACACGGCGCAGGUCAGCACGUCUGGGAUCUUGACCCCAACGACACCCCCUCGGCGAUUGCCUGGGGCCGGGCGGCCUGGUACUGCAUCUUGUUCUACCUCAUCACGCUUUGCUUCUCCAAAAUCAGCAUCCUGCUGCUGUAUAUCCAUUUGUUCACCUUCAAGUGGGCGAGGUUGGCGGGGCAGAUCCUGCUCGGGAUUGUGAUCAUCACGCACCUGUUCAUGGCGCUGGCGACGUUUACGGCGUGUAUACCGCUGAAUAGCUAUUGGGAUUUUACCGUGGAGAAAAAGUACUGCCAUGCGCAGAGUGUUUGGUGGAGCAAUACGGGGAUGCAUAUGGUGACUGACUUUUUGAUCUUUUUGUUGCCCAUGCCGGUUGUCUGGUCCAUCCGCCUCCCUCGCCGCCAGAAGCUGGCAUUGUCGGGGGUGUUUGGUUUUGGGUUCUUGGUCUGUUUUAUUUCUAUCCUUCGACUGAUGCAGCUUAUUCGGGUUCAGACCGACCUUGAUUUCACCUACGCCGCUGCCGAGCUCAGCUAUCUUACCGCAGUUGAGGUUAACGGUGCUAUUGUUUGCGCCUGUGUCAUGACGUUGAAACCUUUUAUCGCCAAGUUCUUCCCUGGGCUUCUCAGCUCGAGGGCAUCAGGAUCGUCGAAUGGGCAAAGUGGUGCGGGGGAUAGCAACCAGUAUUAUAAUUACGCGGAGGGGCGGAUCAACGGACGAGGGCCUCCUACGAUUGGGAGCAGGCCGUCAAAGGGAGUGCGGAAUGACUUGGGGUCGUUGGCCAGUCCGACGGAUUUGCAGUAUGGAUUCCAGGGAUUGGGGUCGUCGGGGGAGGAGUCGGAGAACUUUCAGGAAAAGGGAGGGAGUAGGAGGAACAGCAAACAUUGGCUUGGGGUGGUGGAUGGGGGAGCGAUGGGGGUGAGGGGGAAUCAUGAUCGGUAUGUGGAGAUUAGGGAUGGGACGGAUUCUGGGUGGGCAGUGGAUGUUGAGAGGGGGAAAAACUUGAGUUCUAGUCCUGUCAGCCUGAGGUCUCUGGUUAGCAGGAGUCGGCCGGGGGAGGAUGCUCGGAUGGAUUAUAUGCUCAGGACGGGCAGGUUAAGUCCUGGGGCUGCGGUGCCGGAUGACAGGAUUAGAGUUGAUACGAGGUUACUAUCACAAAGGAGUAGUAGUGACUUUGGUGACAAAUUUUUCUAUUCUUGUUCAUGCUCUUCGGGUUCUCGGUGGAAGUUGAAUGCCGUUCGGUGUGUCAUUGUGGCGGUGGGUUGUUUGGUUUUCGAAAGACCACUAGAACCUGUCAGUUACAAGUUGACGGGUAGGAUCAUGACUUACAUGUCCGCCACACUUGAAUUGGUCCGAGAGCCUUCCUGGGGCUGACACUAGACGUUUCAAGCUAGAGAUUUCUAACUGAGAGGAGGUCGACCCAAGCGUUUUGGUCACACAGUUAUGUCAGACUAUCGCAUAGGUAUGGGGACUACCACAUUCACCAUUUUGAGGGGACAGUCUAUGAGACAACAGAGCAACACUCGGAGAGACGCCGUCAAGUUGCUCGAGUGAUCCGUUAGCAGCAGUAUUGGACUGACUCCAGUUGUGCUGGGAGCUGCCUCAUAUUCAAGUUUCGAGAGCAGACGGUCUUGCCAAAGGUUAGCCCAGUUACCAACCAAAAAACAGGACUCCUAUAUGUAGCAUAGUGCCAGGGGCAAAGUGCGAAUGAGCAUGUCGUACCAAAUCCUGGGCGUGAUCUGAUUGCAUUGCGUGCAAAACAAUGGACUCGUGAGGCAGGCCACCUGGAUAGCCUCAUGCAACACCCUUUACAAAGGAACAGGCUACAUGGCACUAUUGAAGCUCCCAAGCGUCAACAUGGCAUCCCUGAGAAUCAAUGACAAAUAACCUCUUCAGGAGAGAAAAGCGUGGAAGAAAUCCUCUAUAAGAAGGCCAUGUUCCCCACCACACCUCUGUUUUCUUUUACCAUCCUCAUCACCAACAGACACAACCAACUUGCUCACUUCCAACUCUCAAAAUGAAGCUCACCACCCUCCUCACCACCGCCCCCUUGGCCCCUCCUCACCACCCUCACCACCGCGGGCUCCUGCUCCUGCUCCCGCCCCGGCCGC